AUGUCAGUAUCAUUCGGCUCUAAUUGGACUUUGUUUUCAUUAAAAACAUAUGAUAAAUUUUGGUGUAUAACCGAAGAAGGUCAUCAUCAAUUAUCUUGUCCAGAUGAAACCGCUUUAUUAACUGAAAUAACAAUACUUAAAGUUUAUCGUCGUACACAAGUGUGUGAACCUGAUGUACAUUCAGAUUAUCUUAUUCAUUGUCAAGAAUUAAUUGAUGGAUCAUUAUGUGAAGGAAAUCAAACAUGUUUAAUUGAAGUAUCUAGUCGAAAUUAUGUAAAAUGUGGAGAUAAAGCUUAUGUACCAACAUAUUUUUUUGUGAAAUAUACUUGUACACAAAUUUAUACAAUGUGUACAGAUACAGCUCCUAUCCGAAAUACGCUUUACGGAUUUAUUGUUUCACCAGCUUAUCCCCAUCCAAUGGCAGAUAAUCUCACAUGUUCCAUUAAUAUUGAGGCGGGUCCAUCAAUGUAUAUUGAAUUAGCACCAAUCCAAAUACGUUUACACGAAGCAAUUAAAUGUCGAUCAGAAUACUUAGAAAUUUUUGGAUACAUUAAUUCACAAUCAAAUAAUUCCUUUCCUGAUGAUAUGGUAUCAAAUAAAAAUUCUAAAAAUAUUUGGAAAUCCUAUUAUACAUGGUGUGGUGCUGAACAUUCAACAAAUAAUCAAUUACCUAAUGCACGUUAUCUUAUUUCGUCCAAUUCAUUAUAUAUGUCAUUACAAACAUCUGUAUCAAAAAAAGCAAGAUAUUUUAAAAUUCGAUAUAAAGUUGUUCCAUCAAUGACACGUCCACAAUAUGAUCAAGAAGGUAUUGCAUAUGAUUCAUUAUCUGAAACACAAAUACAUCCUGUUAUAAAAUCAACAACUAUUUUAUCAACAACAAUAGCUAUACCAGCAAUUGAAGACAAUAAUAUGAAAAAUUUAAAUGGAACAGUAGCAAAACAAACAAUAAAAAAAGAAAUUAUUAUCGGUAUUAUUGCUGGUGUAAUCGUUCUUGUUAUUGCUAUAGUUGUUGGUAUAGGCAUAUUCCUUUUUAUUAAAAAACGUAGACGUCCAACUGCAGCGUCAAAAUCUACUACAUCGUCACCAUCAACUACUACAGGAAAAAAGAAUAUAUCACCUACAACAUCUGCAAAUAAUACAGCACUGAAACCAAGUACAAAAACAAUGGAUAAAAUUCCACUUCUUGAACAACCAACUAAUACAACAUCGGCAAUAGCAACAAAGCGUAAAUUAGUACCCGAACGAACAGUACAAAUAGCUGAUGUUAAUAGUUCUCGUUUUAAAUCCUCUCCUGGAGCAACAGCAGCAGCAACAACACCCACAACACCAACAACAGCAGGUCAUACAGGAACAACAGGCAAAGAAACAAGUUCAACAAGUUCAGAAGCUGUAGCCACAUCAUCAGCACCAUCAGCACUUAAACCAUCAUUAACAGCAGCUGAUAGUGGUAUUUAUGGUGCUGAUUUAAAUGAUGAUGUACAAUCUGUAACUAAGCCAACAGUUUCACCAGUUGAACCACCAAAAAUUUAUGGCAUUGAUUUACCAGAUAAAUCCGAUUCAAUUCCUCCUGUAACUGUUGUUAUUAAUCCACUCAGUGAACAUUCAGCAAUUACUCCUACAAAUACAACAAAUACAGUAUUAUCUGCUAUUGUUGUUCCGAAUAAUGUCACAAUAGAUGUAUUACCGGAAGAAAAAGAAGUUUUAUUAAGUCCAUUUGUAAAUGAUAAACAUUUCGAUGAAACAGUUAAAAGUGCCUAUUCAAAUUUAAUUGAUGCUACAAUGAGUGAAAAUGAAGGAACAAUUGGUGGUGGAUCAAUAGCUAGUAGUGCAUCUCAAUCACGACGAACAUCAAAUGUACGACAACCAUUACUUUCACAUGAAACAAAUAAUAUUGAAACAAUACCACGUAAAACAACACAAUUCAAUCCAUUACACGUGAUAUUAAAAAAAGAUGCCAAUAAAUAUUAUACAACAGAAUAUAUUUAA